GUAGAGCUGUCACAGGUUUGUCCAUUUUCUCGCCACUGUAGUCAGCCGUCUGUCUCCCCGCUGAGCCGCCUGCUCAUCACACUAACAGAGGUGGCCGCAUCUUGUGGAUUUACCCCCGUCUGACUGACUGGUAAAGCGAGGGAAGACCUGAGCAGAAAGCCAGGAUUCUGCUCCCCCUCUCUCCCCGUCCCCUGUGUGGAUGACCUCUGCACUCCUGCUCUGCUCCUCAGCACCAUGCACAAGAUGAAGAACUUUAAGAGGCGUUUCUCUCUUUCCGUUCCUCGCACUGAGACCAUUGAGGAGAACGAGUUCACCGAGCAGAUCAACCAGCUCAACAUCCGACACACUCAGGGCCUGGCUCCAGACAGCCUGGGUCCUCCGUCUCAUGACGCCAGCCCGGUGAGCCCUGAGCCAGCCACACCGGGAGGCCAGUCCCCCUCCCAUCUGCACUACCACAGCAAGGCCCAGCACAGACGCUUCUCCAUGGAGGACGUCAGUAAGCGCAUGUCUCUGCCCAUGGACAUCCGUCUGCCCCCUGAGUUUCUCCGGAAGCUGCAGCUGGAGAGUGAGAAUUCGCCGCACUGCAAGCCUCUCAGUCGCAUGUCUCGACGUGCCUCGCUGUCUGACAUCGGCUUUGGGAAACUGGAGACGUAUGUGAAACUGGGAAAACUGGGUGAGGGGACGUACGCCACAGUCUUCAAAGGACGCAGCAAACUAACAGAGAAUCUGGUGGCACUGAAGGAGAUUCGGCUGGAGCACGAGGAGGGAGCACCCUGCACCGCUAUCAGAGAGGUGUCUCUGCUGAAGAACCUGAAACACGCCAAUAUCGUCACACUGCACGACAUCAUCCACACCGACCGCUGCCUCACACUCGUGUUCGAGUAUCUGGACAGUGACCUUAAACAGUACUUGGACAACUGUGGCAACCUCAUGAGCAUGCAUAACGUCAAGAUCUUCAUGUUCCAGCUGCUCCGUGGUCUGUCCUACUGCCACAAGAGGAAAAUCCUCCACAGAGACCUGAAGCCUCAAAACUUGCUCAUCAACGACAAGGGAGAGCUCAAACUGGCCGACUUCGGUCUGGCGAGGGCCAAGUCCGUCCCGACCAAGACUUACUCCAAUGAGGUGGUGACUCUGUGGUAUCGCCCGCCUGAUGUGUUACUGGGCUCUACCGAGUACUCCACACCCAUCGACAUGUGGGGCGUGGGCUGUAUCCUGUAUGAGAUGGCGACAGGACGUCCCAUGUUUCCUGGUGCCACUGUGAAAGAGGAGCUGCACUUAGUCUUCAGGCUCAUGGGCACUCCGACGGAGGACACCUGGCCUGGAAUCAGCAGCAAUGACGAGUUUAGGUCCUACCUGUUCCCUCAGUACAGAUCUCAAGCUCUCAUCAACCACGUGCCCAGGUUGGACACCGAGGGGAUUGAUCUGCUCUCUGCUCUGCUGCUGUACGACACCAGAAGCAGAAUCUCCUCUGAAGCCGCUCUGCGACACCCGCACUUCCUGACCUUGGGGGAGAAUAUACACAGUUUGGCAGACACUGCCUCGGUGUUUUCCCUCCGAGAGGUCCAGCUCCAGAAAGACCCCGGCCACCGCAGCUCCAUGUUUCAGCCUCCAGGUCGAGGAAAGAACCGAAGGCAAAGCAUCUUCUAGAGCCGGGAGCGAGGGGAGAACGGAGCCGUCUGUUCCCACCACAGUGCAGAGGCCAAAGCAGCUCAGCACAUCCACCCGCAUGCCCGCCGACGUGCACACACAUGCAUGUACACACUCCAACACACGUGAAUGCACACAUUCGUUUCCAUGGCAACUGAGCAUGGUGACAUACAGGGUUCUCUGUAAAAUGAACUUGCACUGCACUUGAAAUCCAUCUCAGCUGAGCUAUGAGUUCUCCCUAACACACACACACACACACACACACACCAGAAAACACGCACACGGACACAAACCUGCUGAAAAACAAUAGUCAUGAACACUGGAGAUACGUUAUAUAAGUACACAUGGACUCGCACACAUGCAGCCGCACACUGAAUACCGAGCACUGCCUCCUUGCCAGUUUUAACACAAAACAAAUAAAGUAAAUAACCCUAACCCCUGCUAUCUGCACACAACACACACACACACACACACAAGCCUGCUUGGCUGUGUAUUAUAUCUAAUUUCAAGACCACACUCAGAACUCUGGCCAUCCAAAAUACUGCAUCUUCUAUCACGGCUGUGCAGCUACCAAAGUACCAUAAAUCCAGCAGCGGCCACGUCUGGUGCCAUCGUGGAGGUCAGCAGGCCGUGUGCAAAUAACGGCCGAAUAAAGACAGAGCGGUACCUGAAAAAAGGGCGGUUGUAGAUGUACAUCUGGUCAGUUAUGGUACAAGUGAAUAGUCUGAUUGACUAAAAAUUGUUGCUAAAUUUAAGUUACUGUGACAGGGUAUCCUUCGCCUUAUAAAAUACUCCAAGCCAUUCGUCAGAGGAAGUUCAUUAGAGAGCUGGUGAGUUUGCUGCUGCAUAAAUGUAACACCCAGUGAGUAAAAAAAGAGAUAUAUGAAAAAGGUAGGGUUGGGGAAAAUGGGAAAAUGCUUCAUGCACAAGUACUUAUGUGUUGUUGGCCGGGAGUCCUGCUCACUCAUUGGCUGCCCCGCUGCUUCAGUCAGUGCAUUGUCUUGAGACAGAAAAUGUCAUACACUGUUGUCUGCAGUGUGUCAAAGCUUUUUUAGGACCCUCAUACUCCGUGAUGCAUGCAAUGCAGUUAAAAAACUUUAUUUUGUUUAAACAGUUUGUUUUGAGUGACUGAUUCAAAAUAUACAGUUUCUGGGUGAAGUGUUCCUUUAAUGCUCACAUUAGCCUCUACCAAAUGCAUUAGUUAGAUGUAAUUAUCUAAACAUGAAUUCAAUCAAAUAUGAUAAUAGUGAUGAAAUUAUCAAUUAUCACUCAAAAAAAAAAUUGCGUAGCCCAAGUAAAAGAACUGAGGACCUCCAAUAUGGCCACCAGAGGGUGUGUUAUGCCACCUGCAAGCUUUGUAUCUGUAUCUGUACACACUGAUGUACCAGCAGCACCACAGGCGUUUAAACAGUAGCAGCACAUCGAGCACAUUGUUCAUAUACCUCUUCUCACACUCAUGCCCUGCCAACAAAACAGUGAACCUACCAAAAAAAUGGGACUCCGGCAUGAAUCUGCACCCCGGUGGAGAGAAUGGAUUCAUGAGACAACACUUUGCCUUGCCACAGUGACCCGGUGUUUCGACUCGACGUGGGGUUUCGUUCCAUACAGUGUUACAGCUCAUUUUCACUCUCAAGUUUUUUGAAGUUGCCUUAGUAAAAUGUGCAUGAUAUUUUGGCUUGUUAAGAAUCUAUGAUAUCUGAUCUAGUGUAGCCUGUGUGUUAGGAGGCGUUUGCUUUUGUGUCUGUAAAUAACUCACUAGGAGUGUACGUAUUUCUUAUAGUCUCCUGUUUGCACAAACCAGAAGUGUCCUCUGAAGCCUGUUCCCUUCCCUUUGCCUCUCUUACCUUACAUUGCCCGUAAUAUGCCCCAGUGCAUCCCUUUUGCGCCCAGCGUUUGCAGACCGAUAAACUGGAUAUGUAGGAAAUUAUGUCCGACAGUCACUUUUUAGUAGCAAACUCCAAUCACCUCUGUCCCUUACACUUUGUACAGCUAUAUCUGCCUGAGGAACUAAGCCAGGGAGCAGCAUUUUGCUUUGGGACGACAAAACUCAGCGCGUGGAAUCGCAUAAAACUUGAGAGAGUCUCCUUAUCUGCCACUUAAAAGUCGCAGAGGCUUGGUGGAAAUUUCUAAUCGUCCCUACACAGAGCGUAGUGUCCUUCACAGCUCCCCGCUGGCUGUUUCUUGACUUUGGGAGCCGCGCUUGUACCUUAGAAGAUGAAAGUUAACUGAGUCUUUCAUAUCUGCAGACACAAUACGCUGCACUCUCCUCUGUCCUCCUUCUGCCCUGAGUCCCUCUCCGUCUUGUCCCACACUGCUGCGGGUACACAACCCGUGUGAUGCUCAAGUAAGGUGUUGACUUGGGGCUGAAGCUCCAUAGUGACUUUUUGUGAAGUAAUUAAGGCUGACUGUUAAAUUAAAUUAAUGUUGCACUAUGAAAGAGACACUAGGAGAGAGCGUGCGUGGAAUUCACAAAGGCUCUCUAUUCUUAUCUCCCUCUUCCAGUUGCUCGAUCAACACAGGCGCAGAUGAGCAGUCGUGGAAAUCAGCUCAGUUGCAUCCGAGUUAAAAGCUUGCUUUGAUGAGGACUUGUUGUCUACUUGAGCCUGAAUGGCCUCAAGAUGUUUUAGUCAUUCAUUUACAGUUACUUGUAUCUUGAGAUGAAGUGAUAUGCAGUGCUAUAAUGGUGUCAGCACCACAUGAAGCUAUUUAUUAGGAUUUAUGUGAUUUUUUUUAAGGGUUAGAACAGUGGCUCAAUGGUUAUCCCUGUCGCUCCACAGCAAGAAAGAAAGCUUUGAAUCUCAACCUCAACCCUGGGCCUUCCUGUGUGGCAUUUAAAUUUUCUCCCAUGCAAGUCAGGUGAAUCAAAGACUCUAAAGUCCACACUAACCCAGAGAAAUGGGUGCACUACCCUUUGCUCGUCCAUCCACACUGAAACGGCAUUUUUGUCCAAUGAAAACAUCAUUUUCACAUCGCAAUGUAGCAGGGAAACAGAAGUUUUUUAUGACGUGUUACGUAUGACAUAUGAUUGUCAUGUGAUCCUGGUUGGAACUGAAACAAUCAACGUGGCAGGUGAAGUAAACGCUGCUCUGCAUUCAAGAAAUUUGAGUGUCCGGUGAUUUGGUGUGCAUGGCCAGCUUUUUCAUAACUUUGUGAAAAUGUUACUGUGGAUAGAAAACAAUCUGACACAUAUAUGGCAUUUUUAGAUUUCUCUGGAUUAGUGUGGACCUCGGCCUAAGGUGUAUCCAUAGGUGUAAGUGUGUUUGUUUGUGUGUUAGCCCUGAGAUGGGUGACCUGGGAUACUUUCCAGCCCUCAAUGCCCCUUAGUAAGAAUAACUGGGAAUGGAAAAUGGAUUUGUGGACGUUUCGUAUCACUAGUUUCACAAUCUGGUCUGGCAACAAAUGGUUGACUUGGCAGACUUAGGAGUUGUUAUGUUGCCAUUUGAGCAUCUGUUUUUCACAUAUAUCUCUCUUUUUGGACCGGGCACUUAUCGCCAGUCGUUAUGUAGCCAAGAUUUCCUCCAAGGCGUUGAUUUUUUUUUUUUUUUUUUUUUUUUUUUUUUUGGUUGGUGUUUGGAAUCCAGAGGCAAUGCAAAUGAAUAAAUGUGACAUCUUGAGGCCAUUUGGAAAGCCAGGAGGUAGAGGGGCCAACCAGUGAUCAGCGAGGUUGCUGGUUUGCACCCAGCUGUCAGCUGCGGUAACCUGAGGGUGGCAGCUGGUCUCCAUGGUGAUCGCCGUGACUGCUGAAGUGUCCUUAAGCAAAGCGCAGAACCUCUAACCGCUGUGGCUGACGUGGCAUGCAGACGGAUUUGAAGAAACACAAGCGCAGGGGGCUGUGUGUUUGUGUGUGUGUGAGCUUGAAAAGACAAAUUCCAGUUGGAUGGAGUGAAACGGCAAUCGUUUCCAUGGAGUUGAUGGAAGAUGGAAGUUGAUGGAGAGGAAAUUCAGGGCAAAACCGCAUGGACUUAGGAGUGAUAUAGCCUAGCUGUGGAUGUUACACCUCCAACCUUCCCCUCCCUUCCUCAGUGGCAGAAGUAUUACUGUACGUGUUUUGUUGUGGUAAAUGAAGCUAUUUUAAAUACUGUAAUGAAAAGAAAUAAUAUAUAUAUACAUAUGUAUUUUAUCACGUUCUCAUCCUUCUCAGUGAAUUUUAUGCCAGAAAAAAACACAAUAGAAGUCUGUAUUUAAAAUAAAAACAACAACAAUAAUAAUAAAAAAUAUACAUAUACAGAUGAUGUCUAAAUGUUUUAUAAAAUAUGAAAAGUUUAGAUUUUGUAUAAGAUGUGAUAUUCAAUAUUUUGUGUGAUUUGUCUACGCUAUUAUUAAAAUGAGAAACUGAAUGUAUUGUGAAUGAGAAGAAGCCAAAAUUGAUUGAGUUAUGAACUAAUGAAUAAAUAAACUAUUGAAGCUCUGCAUCAC